AUGCGAAGCUUACUACCUCUAUACCAGGCCAUCACGACAGUGGUUGUGGGGGACGGCCAGUCUACAUCUUUUUGGCAUGAUAUCUGGCUGGGGGAGGAAUGCCUAUCUGAGCAGUUCCAUCUUCUCCAGAGCCACUGCAAGCACACUGAUCAGUCUGUCUCUGAUAUCGUCAUCGGCGGCCUGCGCCGCCACCUUGCUCCACGGGUCACUACUGAGGCACUUGGUGAACUGGCCCUGGUGGAAGCGCUGCUAUCCCAGGUCACUCUCACGGCCACGUUUGACAAGAGGUACUCUCCGUUUGCUGAUCACGAUGGGAAGCUACACACUAGAGAUCUCUAUGCCCUGCUCAAGUCCAUGAGUGCCCCGGCCGGAACCACAGUCAGUAAAUUCUGGAGUAGCUGUGCACCACCACGAGUACAAUUUUUUGCCUGGCUGCUUGUGCACGGGCAGAUCCAGUGCAAGGAGAAUCUACUGAAGAGAAGGAUCUUAAUGGACAGUACCUGCGAGCUGUGUGGGGGACAGCCUGAAACGACAUCACAUCUGAUUCUCCACUGUUCCUUUGCGGCUUCUUUUUGGAGAUCCCUUGGGUUUGACAUUCCAGAUGACUUCGAGGCUCGUGACAUUCAUCAACUGCCCCGCCCAGCUUCCAUUGCGGGCAGCCACUUUGACACCUUCGUCCUAUUAUGUUGUUGGCAUCUCUGGAAGAGAAGGAACGGGAUCACCUUCCGUCAAGAAAGCAUGUCGCUGCGGCAGACACUGCAAGCGUGCAAGAACGAAGCUCGACUGUGGAGCUGCCGCCUGCCGUGCGGCGAGAGAAAUAUUGCUGCCCAUUGGUGCUCUUUAUUUUCUUUGGCAAUGUAA